AUGGAGAUGCGGAUGUUGAGGUGGACGAUAGGUGUAACGCUAAAAGAGAAAGUAUCCAACGACACUGUACGUUCCAUCUUCGGCGUCGUCCCGAUAACUGAGAAGAUGGAGGAGGCGCGACUGAGAUGGUUUGGUCACGUCUUGCGGCGGGAGGAAGAUUCUGUUGCCAAAACCGCUUUCAGGCUCGACGUUUCAGGAGUGAGGCCGCGUGGGAGGCCAAAGAUUCGCUGGUUAGACCGUGUGAAGCUGGAUAUGAUAGAUGCACGUUUGUGUACGGCUGAUGCAAUAGAUAGAACCAAAUGGAAGACAAGAAGCAGAAAAGCGGACCCUGCAACAACGCGGGACAAAAUAAAUUAA